AUGAUCCUUGGUAAGCUCAAAGUCAGUGAUUUUAUGACGGGGAUUGUGAGAACAUUUCACGAGGACCUUCGAUGGAUCACUGGCAUCGAUAUUUCCGUGGACAACAUGCUACUAGCGGGUGCGUCGACCGAUAGGACAGUGCGGAUAUGGAACUUGGACGCAGGAAAACUUGUGGCUGGUCCAUUCAAAUGUAGUGAUAAUGCUUAUCCUGGCGACCUAGCACUUCGAUUCUCGAAAGACUCGGAAGCUGGCGGUAUCCAAGCACGAAAAUUGGAUAUACAAAAAUCUACUCCCGUUUCGGGGUCAAUUGUUCCGGUCUUCUGGACAGCAAAAGACAAAUUCAUCGUAGCCCAAUUCAGAUUCACUAUAGAUGACUACCCAAUGGCGAUCUAUGAGUUUGACGCGUCCACGCUCAAGACUAUCGGAGCUCCUUUCAAAGGGCACACCAUCAAGCUAUGGACCUUCCAAUCCUGCCAGUUCCUUGCCUCAUUCGACGUCCAAAAUACUCCAUUCACCCUCGUCCUCUCGCCCGAUUCACGCCAAUUGGCUUACACGCUUAUGGAUGACACCAAGAUCUACAUAUGGAACAUCCCAGCCAACAUCCUCGCUAGCAUUGGGCUUGCAGAAGAACUGCAACCUAGUGUAUUAAAUGUGAACGUUCGCGCCACGCUGGUCUACCCAAACUCCGAUGCAACACGUCUCUUUGACUACAAGGGACCCGCAUGCUUUCUACGCAAACUCCUUCCCUCCCAUACGGACGCAGUCCGUCCUACUCACACUGACGAGCCUCGUGAUCCUGUUUCUUAUCUUCCCACUCGACUCGACGGUUCUCUUGCAGUUCCCUGCUACAUCCCCCCUACCUCAUCCAUCUAUAAAACCAGACAAGAACUCUUGACCCACACCGGCACCACCCACCAUCCAAUCUUUUGCCAUCAAUACUUCCCCAACCCUCAAAUCCAGCUUACAUUGACUAUCGACAUGGUGGCCCUCUGACAGAUCAUGCAUCGCCGGC